AAGCAGUGAAGCACCGGGUCUCUGUCCACCUCACUCCAGCAAUGGAUAUAAAUAACCCUACCUAAUUCUCCUCUACAUUAAUUUUAGGGUCACUGAGCAAAGCAAACACUAAUUUCUCACUCGCUCUCUCUCCAAUGGCUUCUUUCUCUCCCCUCCUCCUCCUCCUCCUGAUCUCCCUCUCGGCUCUGCUAAUCUUACCCUCUCAGUCAGCCGACUGCCCCUCCGCCAAGUUCAAGAACAACAAGUCCUUCAGCAACUGCACCGCCCUCUCCUCCCUCAGCUCCUACCUCCACUAUACCUACAACGCCUCCAACUCCUCCCUCGCCGUCGCCUUCAUCGCCAAACCUCCCAAGUCCGGCGGCUGGAUCGCCUGGGCCAUCAACCCCAACGGCACCAAAAUGCCCGGCGCUCAAGCCAUAGUCGCCUACACCAAAGAAGACGGCACCCCCAUGAUCAAAACCCUCGACAUCAAAUCCUACAGCGAACUGAAUCCCGGAAAGCUCGCCUUCGACGUCUGGGACACCAGCGCCGAGCUCACCGCCGACGGAAACUUAACGCUCUUCGCCACCGUCAAGGUUCCGGAGAAGGCAGAGACGCUGAACCAGGUCUGGCAGGUGGGCCCUGGAGUCAACCAGUCCAACGGCUUUAUCAUGAAGCACGAAAUGGGCAAGGAAAAUCUCGCCGCGUACGGUCUCUUGAGAUUGGCCGGCACCGGCAGUACCAACACCACAAACACCACUAGUGGCGGCGCGGCUAGUCCCACGAGUGCUAAGAGUGGAGCGCCCUUGAGGAUUCGUGAAGGAGGACACGUGGGUUUGUUCUCUAUUUUGCUCUUGGUCCUUGGGACUCUUCUUGUUUUCUAGAUUUGGACCUUUCUUGUUCUUUUUUUUUUUUUUUUAAUUUGGGGUCGGAGAUUUUCUUUGUAUUCCCAGAAUAAUAUUAGUUAUUAGUCCCAUUUGCUUGUUAUUAUUUAUAGAUCAUUGUCAUUGAUAAUACGGUUCUAGCUAGCUUUCUUAAUAGUUAUUUGCUGAUCAAAAUGUGAUACGAUCUGUGAGAAUGGUUUCUCUCAAAAAAAAAAGAUCUGUGAGAAUGGAUAAUUAAAUAAUUUUUGAACUACCAUAUGGUUUAUAUUCA